GGAAGAGAAUAAAAGAUGAGCGUCUGGCCAACAGAAUCAUCACACACAUGAAAUCAUCAAGAAGCCUGUACAUCAUGUGUCACAUACCAGCCUUCUGUUGGAUUUCAGCCACUGUUCUCCAGAGACUGUUGAGUGAAGCAGAGAGUGUAGAGAUCCCCAAGACUCUCACUCAAAUGUUCACACACUUCCUGAUCUUUCAGAGCAAACUGAAGAGCCAGAAGUAUGAUGGGAAAUGUGAGGUGGAUCUUCAGCAGGCUAAAAAGAGGAUUCUGUCUCUGGGAAAACUGGCUUUUCAACAGCUGGAAAAAGGGAACCUGAUCUUCUAUGAGGAGGACCUGAGAGAGUGUGGCAUUGAUGUCAGAGAAGCGUCAGUGUACUCGGGAGUUUGUACCCAAAUCUUCAGAGAGGAGUUUGGACUGCACCUGGGGAAGGUGUUCAGCUUUGUGCAUCUGAGCAUUCAGGAGUUUCUCGCUGCUCUGUAUGCUUUUAUUUCCGUUUCUCAACAGAAAUCAGGUCUCUUCGGUAAGUUUAGGUCAUCUAUAAGUGAUCUUCUGAAGAGUGAAGUGGACAAGGCCUUACAGAGUGAGAACGGACACCUGGACCUUUUUAUUCGAUUCCUUCUAGGUCUCUCACUGAAGUGCAAUCAGACAAUCUUACGAGACCUACUGACACAGACAGGAAGCAGCUCUGACAGCAAACAGGAAAUAGUUGAGUACAUUAAGAUGAAGAUCAGGAAGAAUCCCUCUCCAGAGAAAUCCAUCAAUCUGUUCCACUGUCUGAAUGAACUCGAUGAUCAUUCUCUAGUGCAGGAAGUACAAACAUACGUGAGCAGAAGAGAUAUCAAUCGUCUUUCUGGAGUCAGUCUCUCUCCUGCUCAGUGGUCAGCUCUGGUGUUUGUGUUGCUGAACUCAGAAGAGGAGCUGGAUCAGUUUAAUCUGAGGAAAUAUGAUCCAUCACAUGAAUGUCUUCUGAGGCUGCUGCCGGUGAUCAAAGCAUCCAGAAAAGCUGAUUUGAUGGGCUGCGAUCUGACAGAGCAAAGUUGUUCAGCACUGGCCUCAGUUCUCAGCUCAAACUCCUCAAGUCUGAGAGAGCUGGAUCUGAGUAAUAAUGACCUGCAGGACUCAGGAGUGAAGCUGCUCUCUGAUGCACUGAAGAGUCCUCACUGUACACUGGAAAUACUGAGAUUUGCAGCUUGUAGAUUCACUGAUCAGUGCUGUGAAAGUUUGUCUUCAGUUCUACAAUCAUCAAAAUCACUGAGAGAGCUGGACCUGAGUAACAAUGACUUGCAGGAUUCAGGAGUGAAGCUGCUCUCUGAUGCACUGAAGAGUCCUCACUGUACACUGGAAAUACUGAGAUUUGCAGCUUGUAGAUUCACUUAUCAAUGCUGUGAAAGUUUGUCUUCAGUUCUACAAUCAUCAAAAUCCCUUAGAGAGCUGGACCUGAGUAACAAUGACCUGCAGGAUUCAGGAGUGAAGCUGCUCUCUGAUGCACUGAAGAGUCCUCACUGUAUACUGGAAACACUGAGAUUUGCAGCUUGUAGAUUCACUGAUCAGUGCUGUGAAAGUUUGUCUUCAGUUCUACAAUCAUCAAAAUCCCUGCGAGAGCUGGACCUGAGUAACAAUGACCUGCAGGAUUCAGGAGUGAAGCUGCUCUCUGAUGCACUGAAGAGUCCUCACUGUAUACUGGAAAUACUGAGAUUUGCAGCUUGUAGAUUCACUGAUCAAUGCUGUGAAAGUUUGUCUUCAGUUCUACAAUCAUCAAAAUCCCUUAGAGAGCUGGACCUGAGUAACAAUGACCUGCAGGAUUCAGGAGUGAAGCUGCUCUCUGAUGCACUGAAGAGUCCUCACUGUAUACUGGAAAUACUGAGAUUUGCAGCUUGUAGAUUCACUGAUCAGUGCUGUGAAAGUUUGUCUUCAGUUCUACGAUCAUCAAAAUCACUGAGAGAGCUGGACCUGAGUAACAAUGACCUGCAGGAUUCAGGAGUGAAGCUGCUCUCUGAUGCACUGAAGAGUCCUCACUGUACACUGGAAAUACUGAGAUUUGCAGCUUGUAGAUUCACUGAUCAGUGCUGUGAAAGUUUGUCUUCAGUUCUACGAUCAUCAAAAUCACUGAGAGAGCUGGACCUGAGUAACAAUGACCUGCAGGAUUCAGGAGUGAAGCUGCUCUCUGAUGCACUGAAGAGUCCUCACUGUACACUGGAAAUACUGAGAUUAUCUGGCUGUAUGGUGACAGAGGAAGGCUGUUGUUCUGUGGCAUCAGCUCUGAGAUCAAAUCUCUCACACCUGAAAGAGCUGGAUCUGAGCUACAAUCACCCAGGAGAAUCAGGAGUCAGGCUGCUCUCUGAAAGACUCAACGAUCCAAACUGCACACUGGACAAACUUAAGUAUGUUGAGCUGUAAAACCCUGUUUAUACCCAUAUUAACCCCUUAAACCCAGACCCUAAUUGGUCUUGAAUUUAUUGAAUGGUCAGUGAAUUCACUGAAACAGCACCUGUAUUUAUUCCUUUUAAAAAAAAAAAUCCUUAACAAAUACACACAGAAGAC